GAGAGACAGCGAGAGAGACAGGGAGUGAGACAGGGAGUGAGACAGCGCGAGAGACAGCGAGAGAGACAGGCGCAGAGCUUUGCAGGUACCAAUACAAUGAAUUAUCUGGAAGACACAUCUCCGUGCCCUCUAAGUGAGGAGGAGAGCAGACUGGCCUAUGGAGCGAAGCAGAGAGCCUUGGAUAUUCUAGUUGAUGCCCUGAGGAAACAGGACAGUGUUUUGGUGGAGAAUGCAGGGGAAUAUGGUCAUUCUGUGGGACGGCGCCCGUCUCUCUCCCCUCACCUGGUGCUCAGUCUGAGGGCUGAACUGGAGCGAGUGACUUUCGUCAAAGUGGCCCACCCAUUCUAUGCCAUUUGUUACAUCUACCCCAGAUCACACGAGAGGAUAAUAUAUCUGGGCCCCCGAUUCUGGAAACAAGGGCAGUUCCUAGGGGCAGAUUCCCGGCCUGGGUUACUGAUCAAAAAGGCGGCGCAGUUUCUGCUUCACCAAACUCCCGGCGCGGUGCCGGCGGAACGUGGUACAAAUGUGCAAGGGCAACGCCAUGAAGCGCUUUCAGCCAAUCAGAUUCGCAGGGAGUUUGAAGAGGUCUUGAAACAUCAGGGAAUUUACACAGAUCACGUCUAUUCUUGCUGCCGGGAAACAGCCCGGGAUUCGGUUUGUGAGGAUUCCUAUAGCAGGAAAACCGUCCGGAAACACUGGGGAAUCAGCAGAGAUCCCGUCUUAUCUUGGCGCAGGGAUUCGGUUUCUAAUAGCAGUUCCAGGCCAUUGAUACUGAGAGAUGCACCUAAAGGCCAAUCACUGAGUGAGGAAGAGUGGGAAAUGGCAGAGGAAGCAAAGGAGAGAACCCUGAGGAUUCUAUUCGAUGUUCUGGAGAAGAAGGACUGUCUCUUAGUGGAGAAUCCUGAGGAUUUUAUUGGCCUACGAAGAGUAAGAAUGUGCCCCCUGAUCCCUGUGUAUUUGGUGCAGGAUCUGAUCGUUAGACUUCUCAACACUUCAUUUAGGAAAAUAAAUCACAUGGUUGACAAGACCUACCACGUUCCCCCAGACUCAGAGGAAAUCAUUGUGUAUCUGAGCCCCCAGUUUUGGCAACAAAAGGAGAUGUUGGCGUGUGGGUCCCGCCCUGGAACCCUCAUUCUGGAAUUAUCCCAAAUCCUGGGGUAUAACUGUUACCUACAGGAGCCCACGGAGGAGGGAGAAGGAAACAACGUUCCACCCCAGGUCCCACUUACGGCUUAUAGUAUCUGCUGGGCGUUUGAAACCUGGAUGAACCACAAAGGGUCCUACUGUAGGACCUAUUCCUGCUGCGGGGAGGAGGCGAGGGAUUCCGUCUGUGCACUUUCUCGCCUGAGCGUCUGUUUGAAUGAUAUAAUCCCACCCCCAGUAAUACCUGAAACAACUGCCUUUUGUAACUGUAGGUUCAAGAAGAGGGGGCCCCUCACGUCCUGUUAGUCUUCCUAUGGCACCUACUCCAUAGUUUUAUUUAUAAGCGGCAGCCUGGAAAUACAGACACUUUAGGGAGCAGCAGAAGGCCGGUUGCCCCCAUAGAAUAUGUAGCUAUACAGAUUGUUAGAGUGUUAGAGCAACAACGUGCCACCCCCGAGACAUUGGGCCCUGGGUAUAAGCUCUACUGCAUUACUUACCAUUUUCCAUAUGUUAGUGUCACUUUAAGAGUUGAACUUGUAAAUCAUUUGUGUAAAUAAAGAAAUAAAUACCUGUUUUUUCCUCUA